UGUUGCUAAGAUACAGUCUGUGGGAGGCAGACAAAAAAUGAUGAAGGGAGGGGAUGAUGAAUGAUAUUUAGCUAUAGUAGCUUGCUAGCUGUGUUUAUUAUUUGCUGUAAUGUUCGUAGAUAGACUUUAAUAAAGCUCAAUUUUGAACUUUCUGAACAAGACAUCAUAGCUAAGGUUAAUAAAUUCGUUUGACGGCUGAGUGCAUUAUAUUUGUGGGUCGUUGAUUUACCAUAAAUAAAUGGUUUUGGAGCUGGCAGUGCCCGCAAAUGCAGGCCCUUUGCUUCACCGCUCCAUCCCGCACAUUGAGCGUAUUUUCCGGGUAAGGGUCAGCUACGGAUCCGCGGAGUCAAGCUGCGACAGCGCAAAUGUCAGCACCAGCAAUAUCAUAAUAGUACAUGUCGCGGAGGGCAAGGAAGAUGACUGCACCAAGGCAAAAGAUUACAUCGUUUCCUUAACUUCGCCAGCUCACCGAAAGAGAGAGCAUCUAACGUUGGCUCAACACAAACAGCUGGUUGUGCUGAAGCCAGUCAUCGAGUAUGACUCUCAGGCUGUGGUGGAGGUGAGGGAGCAUGUGGUGGACAUCUCCGGUGGCGAGAGGAACGUGAUGACGGCAUGGUCGAUGGUGGAGAAGAUCAAAAUGGAGAAACACCCUUGCAGGGAAGAGGCCUCUGAGCUGACUGAGGCCCAGCAGCCCAGUGGGGAGUCGGAGGAGGGGAACAGCUCAGAGAGUGAGUCAGAGCAUCAGCUGCAAGUGAACAGCGGCAGCUGUAAGAGGACGGAGCUCUUCAGUGCCACCAAGCCUCACCGUCAGCUCUGUCGCUCUCCAUGCCUGGACCGGCCUAGCUUCUCCCAGAGCAGUACUCUACCAGAGCUCCGCCCUGACGACACCAAGGCCGCCGCAUUCCUCAAACAGGCCAGUGACAAGGUGUACCAAACCAAGAUGGAGUUUGCCUUGAAGCUGGGAUACUCAGGUGAACAGGUGGAGACUGUGCUGAACAAGUUAGGGGCUGCUGCCCUCAUCAAUGAUAUUCUGGCUGAGCUUGUGAGGCUUGGUAAUAAAGGUGAACUGGAAGUUCAAGCCAGCAGUAACACAGGCACGUUGGUCUCCCGUGGAGGCCCCUGUGUCAAAGAGGCUGUCAGUCCGGAGGUGUCACUUGAAGAUGAUUCCGUGGAUCCUUAUGAUAAUCUCAGGCCUAUUGUCAUUGAUGGAUCGAAUGUGGCAAUGAGCCAUGGAAACAAAGAGGUUUUCUCUUGCCUUGGUAUCCAAUUGGCUGUUGAUUGGUUUGUGGAGAAAGGGCACAAAGACAUCACAGUGUUUGUUCCUGCCUGGAGGAAAGAGCAGUCGAGACCUGAUGCCCCCAUUACAGACCAAGACAUUUUGCGGAAGCUGGAGAAAGAAAAGAUCCUAGUGUUCACCCCAUCUAGAAGAGUCCAAGGGAGGAGAGUGGUGUGCUAUGAUGAUCGCUUUAUAGUGAAGCUGGCCUGUGACUCUGAUGGCAUAAUUGUGUCAAAUGACAACUACAGGGACUUACAGAAUGAGAAGCCGGAGUGGAAGAAGUUCAUAGAGGAGCGGCUGCUGAUGUACUCGUUUGUCAAUGAUAAAUUCAUGCCACCUGAUGAUCCUUUGGGAAGACACGGUCCAAGUUUAGAGAAUUUUCUCCGCAAGCGUCCUGUUGUUCCAGAGCACAAAAAGCAACCCUGUCCAUAUGGGAAAAAAUGCACUUAUGGACAUAAGUGCAAGUACUACCAUCCAGAGCGUGCAAACCAGCCCCAACGGUCAGUGGCUGAUGAACUGAGGGCAUUUGCCAAGUUGUCUGCUGUGAAGACAAUGAGCGAGGGGGCCCUGGCCAAGUGUGGCACUGGACUCGCCACAGCUAAGGGGGAGAGUGGCUCUGAGGCUAAACGAGUGACCCCGAAGCGCCAGUCCGACCCCAGCAUCCGCUCAGUCGCCUGCGAGCCAGAGGAGAGACUGUCCGCUGUCCGUAAGCCUGAGGCAAAUUCUGUGCCUUCCCUUGUGUCUGCCCUCAGCGUGCCCACCAUGCAGCCUGCAAAGAGCCAUGCGGCUGGUGCCUUGAACACACGAUCAGCCAGCAGCCCAGUACCCGGCUCCCUCCAGUUCACCCACAGCUCCCUGGAGCAUAUGUCUAGUGUACAGUACCCACAUCCACCCAUCCUAGUCACCAACAGCCAUGGUGCUUCUGUCACUUACAGUGAACAGUUUCCUAAGUACGAUUCUGUGAGCACGGACCACGGAUACUACUCUAUGCUUAGUGAUUUUUCUAACAUGAGCAUGAGCAGCAUGCACAACGUGGAUAGCUUCUGUAGCAUGGAGCAUGAGCACGGGGUUUAUCUGAGAAAUCCCAGCCAGCAUUGCCCUGAGCCCUGCCUCAGCCACUCUAACAGUGACUCCUUUUCCUCUUAUGGGGAAUUAUACAUGAGCUCAGUGGACAGUAGCCUGGAUGAGAGCAUGAAGGGACAGCAGUCUCCAGCACAGAGCAGACUCCAGGCCUCCUCCCAUGGGGGGUUCCACCACGAGGCCCUGACCCGGGUGCAGAGCUAUGGCCAUGAGGAGCCCAAGCAAGGUCCAUGCAGGAAGCAGUCCAUAUCCCACCUGGUACCGCAUGUCCAGCACCCUGUUGUUGGGGCCCGGUCCAGCUGCCCAGGGGACUACCCCUUACCUCAGAAUGUCCUCCCAUCACAGUCCUCGCAGCCGGGACGCUCCCUGGGCAUGACACGUAUGGACAGCAUCUCAGACUCCAGGCUGUACGAGAGUAACCCCAUGAGGCAGCGCAGACCCCCACUGUGCCGCGAGCAGCAUGCCAGCUGGGACCCGCUGCCCUGCGGCAGUGAGUCCUAUGGAUACCAUUCCUACCCCCUGAGUAACAGCCUGAUGCAGCCGUGUUGUGAGCGGGUGAUGGUCCGCAGCAUGCCUGACAAGAUGGAGCAGAUUUGGAGGUCUCCAUGGGAGAACCCGCCUCAAGUCGAGCACCAGGAGCGCCAUGUCAUCCCAGAGCACCUGUACCAAACAUACCGCAACCUCUGCAACAUCUUCCCAUCUUUCGUGGUGCACUCUGUCAUGGAGAAAAACCCUCAUCUGACGGACCCACAACAACUCGCUGCCGUCAUUGUCACAAAGCUGAGGUCUUGCCAUUGAGUAUUUAAAUUUAAUUUUUGAAUCUACAAUUGUCUGAAUAGUAUUGGUACUCUACAUUUGAAGUAAGUUAUUUGAUUGUCAUCCAAACAAUUUGUCCUCAUGAAAUUCACUAAUGUAAGCGACUUUGACUGAUGGUAAGAUAUUGAAUUUGAACGAAGUCGUCCAUUUUAAUACAGAGCAGAAUUAUUUCACUAUACGUAGAUCAUAUUGUGCAUAUCUGACAUUGCUGUAAAUGCUACGUGACUUUUUUGUUUAUUGUGCAAUUAUUAUUUUGGGGUAAAAGACAGAGGGAAGUGAGUGCAAGCAUACCUCAGAGCAUGAACUUUCACGUUUAAUGGCCUUAUAUCUGAAUGACCUCACUGCUCCAGUCAUUGUUUAACGGGUUUCGAUUAAUAUCCUAAUGUAGUUGAGUUCAGUCUCCUUUGCGUUUUAAAUGUUAAGCACUAAGUAUUUAGAAUUAUAUAUAUAUUUUCUCAAUCUCACUUUACAAAGCUACUAUUUUGGUAGAGCUUGCGAGUGCACGUACAUAAGCAAGCCAAACUACAACUGGGAAAGAUUAUACUUAAAACAUCUGUGCACAUAUAAAACACAUGAAAGCCAUUUAAAAGACAUUUCAAAGCUGCUGAAAUAAUGCCAAAUAUUUUGAGAAUUAACCUUGUCAUUAUAAAGCGAUCGUAGUUUUGAUGCAGACAAUUGAUUGGGUAGUAGUGUAACAUCACAUCAGUGUUGUAAGACUUAACCGUUGAUUUAUUGUAUGGCUGGUUGUGUUGAUUAGUUACCUUAAUGUAACUGUUACAUGGAAAUGAUUGGGAAAAUUUUUGGGGCAUGUAUAUAUCCUUGUCUUGCACCUUGGGACCUGGCAUGUGACUUGAUGGCACAUCCAGUGUUUAACGUGACUUAUAUUUGUAAUUACUAAGGAACUGGUGAAGUCUCAUCUGCAAAAUGCUUUAAAGAAAAGCAUCCAUUUCCUUAUUUAUGCUGAGAGACAAGCCAUGUAAAUGAACACAUGAAAACGAAAGCAUCUCUGAAUGUUAUUUGCCCAAAAUAUUUUUCGGGCUUUGUUGAGUUUGUUUUUUCAUGAACUAAGAGCAGGCCAUGUUGGGCCUCUUGUCUCUUCAUGAGAAGGUGUGACACACUGCCUAAAUGUUUCUUCCUGUGAAACACUCAGAAAGCGAGGCUGCCGUCAGGGUUGUUUCUGGCAUUUGGCUUACAGUUUGCGUGCCUACCUUUCCCCUCAAUAUUUUCCCUCAAGUUUGAAAGGCUUCAUAAUGGUAAAGUAAUAAAGACCCCCCCCCACACUUACACUAAGUGACAUAAAAGUGGGAAUAGACUACUGAAAUGUGAAAUUUGUUGGUUAUAAUGUAAUCUGUCACGGAAUCAUGUUUCUUUUCUCAGUGAGUAAAAUAUCAUGAUCUGAAAUCAAGGUUUUUGGGCCAUAUCCAAUGCACAUUAGUAUUUAGUUUAUUUUGACAUGGCAUGUGCAUGUUUCAUGAUGAUAGCAGAAAGCCCCCCCACCCUCGCCUUUUGAAGUGCCGCAAACGACCAAGCCUAAAAUGUCUAGAAAUGACAUUUGUUUGUUGAUACAAAUUGUAUCUAUUUCUUGAUUGUAAAAUAUAUUUAUGAAAUGUAUAUUAUAAAAAAUGGUUUUAUUUAAGAAGAAAAAAAUACAAUGCCAUAAUGUUUGUGACACUAUGUGUCACUGGGAGUAGCCCAUUGGUAUGUAUUAUUUCUUACUGGGAACAGUAGUUUAUUUACAGGGACACUUACGUGCUACAUAGAAGUGCACAGAUACCCUGUGUGUAGCUGUAAGCAUAGUGUCCUCUCUCUCUCUCUCUGUGUAUACUAAAAUUACCACUCAAUGUACCGUUUUAAUGUGCUUUUAAACUUGUUGCAUUAAAGUUUUUUGCUGUGUUGUAACCCAAGCAGCUUGAUAAAAAAUAUAUAUAUUUUCUGCUCUUUUCCUGCAUUGAUACCAUCUGUAUUUAAAUGUAUUGACAUGUAGACAUUGAAAAACAUUUUAGUUGCUUCACAGAAAACUGAAUAGAUUGAAAUGCCAGCCAUAAUUGCUUGGGUUACGAAACUUUGGGGGUUAUUUGUUAAAUUCUAUGAAGAAAAAAGGAUUUUACCCAGAUAAUAAUAUAUUCAACUCUUAGUCUACUGACACAGUAAAGUCAAGUGACUGUGUGUCAGUAUGAUUAAGUGAGUAUUUGAGACAAGUCAUCUGUAUUACCUCUGAUUGGACAAGGGUAAAACGUGUGGAAAGGGAUUUGAUGAAUAACCCUCUUUUAUUUGGUAACAAGAUUAUAUCUUUAUUGAUUUAUAGUUUACUUUGGUAAAUUUGUCACUCACAAAUGGCACUUGAUCUAGCCUUAAGUAUUUUAAAGCAUGUGAGAUUAUAUUGGUUUUAGUUAUAAUAUGUUUCAAAUGAGAAAUGUUAUUUUAGCCCUGAGCAUUUGUAAUUACAUUUGAAUUUAAAAGAUAGGCCUAUGUUUGUGAUGACUGAUUUCACUCUAUCUUCAUAUUGGUGGUCUCAGCAACUAGGCUUGCGGUUGAUUUUAUUGUUUGAAUUGAACACAGCAGAUAGAGGGUUGAAAUGCUACAAAUAAUUGUCAAUGUGUAGAUUAACCUUGAAUCAAUGUUCUAAAUAUACCAGCUCACCUGACAUUGUACAUUUAUCUUAUACACCACAAUAGCAAUUCUCAGGUACUAUGAGAUUUACUACAAAUUACUUCAGAAACAAUAUUAUUGAUGUGUGCUAUUACUAUAAAUGAUAAAUGCGCUUACAAAGUCAGAUUUGUGAAUUAGUUCAGGUCUCAUGUCCUAAAGCUAAAUUGAACUGUCUUGUAUUGUGGUUUUAACAUGUAAAAGGGUUAUAAGAGUGAGUUGACAACUAGGUCAUGUGUUAUGAGCUGCAGUAGUUUGUUCUAUUCUAUGUUGAAUGAAACGCAUUGCUUUUAAAUUGUUUUAAGUAAGAAAACAAUUACAAAAAGACAAAAACACUGAACUCUUUGGGUCUGUUGGCUCAAACAAAAUGUAAGUCUCUAUGACCAAGUGUGUUUGUUUCCUCAAAUAAAGCAAAACUAUGUUUUGGUGUUAUUUU